AUGGGAAGCACAUCCAUAACUAAGGCCUUGAAUAGCACAUCAGUGACUAUGUUCAUCUUCCGGGGAUUCACAAACCAUCCUGAGCUCCAGGUCCUCCUCUUUGUAACCUUCCUGGCUAUCUAUCUAGUGGCCCUGGCCUGGAACCUGGCCCUCAUCUUUCUGAUCAGAGACAACACUCAUCUGUAUACUCCCAUGUACUUUUUCCUCAGCAACUUGUCUUUCAUUGACAUCUGCUACUCUUCUGCUGUGGCUCCCAAGAUGUUCUCUGACUUCUUCCGGGAGCAGAAGACUAUAUCAUUUGUGGGCUGUGCUGCUCAAUUUUUUUUCUUUGUGGGCAUGGGUCUAACUGAGUGCCUUCUUCUGACUGCCAUGGCGUACGACCGAUACGCAGCCAUCUCCAGAUCUCUUCUCUACACCACCAUCAUGCCCCAGGGCCUCUGCACACGCAUGGUGGUUGGGGCAUACGUCAGUGGCUUCCUCAGUGCCCUGAUCCAAGCCAGCUCCAUAUUUCGGCUUCACUUCUGUGGACCCAACGUCAUCAACCACUUCUUCCGCGACCUCCCUCCAGUCCUGGCUCUGUCUUGCUCCGACACCUUCCUCAGUCAAGUGGUAAAUUUCCUCGUGGUGCUUACCAUGGGGGGGACAUCAUUCCUCAUCCUCCUUAUCUCCUACAUCUACAUAGGGUCUGCUGUCCUGAGGAUCCGCUCAGUGGAGGGCUGGUGGAAAGCCUUUGGCACAUGUACCUCACACCUGAUGGUGGUGACUCUGUUAUUUGGGACGGCUCUUUACAUGUACCUGCGACCUAGCUCCAGUUACUCACCUGACCGGGACAAGGUGGUGUCUGUGUUCUAUUCACUGGUGAUUCCCAUUCUGAACCCUCUCAUUUACAGUUUGAGGAACAAAGAGAUCAAGAACGUCCUGUGGAAGGUAUUAGAGAGGAAGAAAGUGUUUUCUUAG